CUCAAUUAUCUCAUUUCCUUAAUCCAAUUAAUUUGCCCUCUUCGAUUUCUCUGUUUAAUUCUCUCUCCCAUCAUCCCCUCGGGACACCAGCAAACAAAACAGAUCAAAUCAAAAAUUAAUUCACUGGCAAGGAAAACGACAAAAACAACAGAAGAAAUUUCCCAGUACCAAAUUGGUGACAAAAUAGAGUGCUUUAAAAGAGGGAGGGAGAUCAGAGAAGAGAAGAUGACGGACUCACCAAAGACACCAGCGAAAGGAGGUAGCAAGUCACUCAUGGAGAACUUGCUCGGUCUUCUCCGAAUCCGCGUCAAACGCGGUGUUAAUCUCGCCGUUCGCGACGUCCGUAGCAGCGACCCCUACGUCGUCAUCAAGAUGGGUAAACAGAAACUUAAAACUCGUGUAAUUAAAAAGGAUGUUAACCCAGAGUGGAAUGAAGAUCUUACACUUUCUGUUACAGACCCCAGCAUUCCAAUCAAGCUGACUGUGUAUGACCAUGACACAUUCAGCAAGGAUGACAAAAUGGGAGAUGGAGAAUUUGGCAUCGUACCUUAUAUAGAGGCAUUGAAGAUGAACUUAGAAGGGGUCGCAAGUGGCACGACCGUCAUGAGAAUACAACCAAGCAGGGCCAACUGCCUAGCUGAGGAGAGCUGCAUUCUCUGGAAGGAUGGGAAGGUGGUCCAAGACAUGUGCCUCAGACUGAGAAAUGUGGAAUGUGGUGAAGUGGAAAUUCAGUUGCAAUGGAUUGACCUUCCUGGUUCCAAGGGCUUAUCAUGAGUGUGCCUCCUUAAUUUGUCUGCUUCAAUUGUGUCCGACGUAAUAUAAAUGGGCUGGUUGUGGUUGCAAAGGUUGUGCAACCUGAAAUAGACAGACUGUCUUCAUAGCUGGGUUGGUUUGUUGAUAGGAUAUGUAUAACAAAUUGAGAUUGUAUGUACUUUAUUUGACUCCUGGUAUGCUUGUAGCUCAUAACUAAAUAGGGUGAAGAAUUUUUGGGCUUUUGUUGUCAAAAACACUAAGUGAAGUGAGAUGUGUGUGCCCUUUCAUCUUUUGCUGGGUAUAUCUCAGGUUGCAAGCUCAUGUCUUAGAAAUCUGCAUAGCAUAUUUUUAUGUACCUAUGAAUUUGCAGGAAAACGAUAUAUAGUGCAUUAUAGUAUCA